CUCCAUUCCCCGCCGAUCAGUGAAUUUCCCCCAGAUUAAUCCGCAGCGGGUAAAGCCCGCCUGCUGAAGAGCAAAGGACCCGCGCUGCUCCAAAGGAACACGCUUUCUGCGUCCGCGUGCAGCGCUGCGAACAAUAAUCAGCAGGAAGGUUAAAGCUUUACCUAUACAGACAUGUCUGGUGGUAGUGUAAUCCGCGGCCCUGCUGGGAGUAACGACUGCCGCAUCUACGUGGGGAAUUUGCCUCCUGAUAUCCGCACUAAAGAUGUCGAAGAUGUGUUUUAUAAGUAUGGAGCAAUUCGAGAUAUCGACCUGAAAAACAGGCGAGGCGGACCUCCAUUCGCCUUUGUCGAGUUUGAAGACCCCAGGGACGCAGAGGACGCCGUAUAUGCCCGAGACGGUUAUGACUAUGAUGGUUAUCGGCUUCGAGUGGAGUUCCCUAGGAGUGGACGGGGCAUGGGAAGAGGUGGCUUUGGAGGAGGAGGAGGAGGUGGUGGUGGAGGCGGCGGCGGAGGUGGUGGUGGAGGCGGCGGUGGGGGUGGGGCUCCAAGGGGUAGAUAUGGACCCCCAUCCAGACGCUCGGAAUAUAGAGUGAUUGUUUCAGGUCUUCCACCGAGUGGUAGCUGGCAGGAUUUGAAGGAUCACAUGCGUGAAGCAGGUGAUGUAUGUUAUGCUGACGUUUUCCGCGAUGGAACUGGUGUGGUGGAGUUUGUUCGCAAAGAAGACAUGACCUACGCUGUUCGCAAACUGGAUAACACAAAAUUCCGGUCACAUGAGGGAGAAACUGCAUACAUCCGUGUGAAGGUGGAUGGUCCUCGCAGUCCCAGCUAUGGAAGAUCAAGGUCAAGAAGUCGCAGUCGCAGCAGGAGUCGCAGUCGCAGCAACAACCGCAGCCGCAGCUACUCUCCGCGGCGCAGCAGAGGAUCCCCGCAGUACUCUCCUCGUCAUAGCCGUUCUCGCUCCCGGUCCUAAAAUGCUCCGGUCUCACCUAUUUGGCGAACUCUUCGAUGGAGCUGUUGACCCAUUUGUUUUAACUGUCUUUACACAUCACAAUACUCUGUGUUUUUAGGUUCUUACAUUUUUCAUGAGAUAAUUGUCCAAUUAAUGUCUUCCUGUCCUUUUCUGGUCAUCUCUUGGUCAAUUUUGUUUUAAGUGCAUUUUUAAUUUAGUUUCAUUUUUGUCCCAUCCCACCUUUUUUUUGUUUAUUUUUAAAUACAAAGUGGAAGUCUUUCAUACACCACAAACAAGGGUUAUGUAAUGACUCCCAAUAUUUUUGUAAAUGUCAUGUUUCAUGGGCUAGUGGGUUCCACAAGAACUGUAUUUUAUUGCGGUCUUCCUUUAGACAUGAUACUAAACUUAUGCUUUGUAAUAAAGGAUUUUUGAAUCCAAACUUGGUUGCAUAAAACGGUAAAUUGGAAAAUCUCUGAAAUCCUCAUCCUUUUAAAUGGUUUACUAGCAAAUAGAAAAAUGUCUUUGCCAACUGGCCUCCAUUUGGUAAGCUCUCCAAUUUGUUUUUGAUAUUGUAAUUGUCACGUAGCAUCUAUGUGGUACAUUUAGGUUUAAUUUACACUCGUUGAAGUCAGAAGACAGAUUGCAACUUUCAGAACGAGCUUUUGAAAUAACAGUUAGGUGUAGCGUGUUAGGUUUUUAUAGGGUUACGUGUUUCGAUCUCUGGGAUUUUGUUUAGGCUAUAAUGGUAUGCAUGCAUCAAAGAAGGCAGGUUUGAGUGGAUCUGAUUCUAACUCUUUACCUCCUUUGUUUUGAUUUAGCUGGAAUUUUGUUUGGAUUGGUGGAGAUGCUCAGUGGAAUCCGGAUCACUGGGAUCAAUACGUAAUGAAGAUAGGAUAGGGAAUGCUGGAAACAUGGAACAGGAUCAGAUGACCCCAGGAUCAUAGGAUUUUUAGGAUCACAGUUCAAAAGUACCUCCCCGCCCCCUUUAUUUUCACUUUCCUCAUUGGAAAAUGUAAACAUUUCGGCCCUUCUCACAUUUUUAACACAUUGGAGGAGCAGAUGCUGGAGGAGUCUAUUGGAUUGGAAUCGACAGGAACAGUAUGGUAAACGGCAGAAAAUUCGUUUGGGAUGGGUGGGGGGAAUUUUUUUAGAUUGUCAGAAGAUGCUUUAACAUGACAUAUUUUGUUUCUUUUAGUGAACAGGUUUUGCUUCAAUAAAGGUUUUGUUGGUACA